CAACUUUGUCCUGCUGCAUUUCAGCAGUUCUGUGUAGUGCAACUGUUUAAUUUCCUGCAGUCAGGUAUACGCGGACGCAAGAAGCACUUUAAGCCCAUAAAUACCAUGUUGUAUUCCACUUGUUUUUUCACAUCUCUGUUGUACCUUUGCCACUCAACACUAAAAGCCCAUGCAUCAAAUCCAGGAAAAAACGCCAAGAGCGUUUUAUUGUCGUACCAUGAGGACGAUGCGUACUCUGUGUAUCAGCCGUGCGCGUGCCGUAAGCAAGGCACGUUUUCGUUUUUAUUUAACACCCAUCAAUCAGAGGCGUUUCUGGUGUAUCAAGACGAUGGUAACUUCAACAACUUUGACUUAUUUCUCAUCAAUGGAAAAAUCCAAGCAAGAGUACUUUUUGAUGAGUGCGGCUCCAAUACUGAGACGCUCUUGAUAAAAGGCAACUUUUCAGAUUCUCGCUGGCAUCGAGUUCAGUUAAGAAAAGAAAAAACCAAACUGACUCUUAUAGUGGAUGGAUGUCAUUCUCAGUCUAUCUCGUGUUCCUUUCCACCACCAAAGGAAACAAAAUGGAAUGCUCUUUACGUUGGAAAAGUUCCUAGUCACACGAAGAGGAAUUCGUUGGCGAAACCAAGCAUUAUUAAGGAGACACUCGUUUCUGGGUAAGUUGAAUCUGAGUAAAACAUUUAUGCUUUAACUUAUUUCAAGGAGGGCCAAGAACGAAUUAACCAAAUAAAUUAGGGUGCAAAAGUUCUAUAUUUCUCAGAUGGAGGAAACUGAGAAACGAACAGCUUCACAUGGACAAAAUAGUAGCUCGAGGACUCUCAAUUCUUGCCUAUGAACACAACCCCGGUCUUGGCAGUGCAUGCAUUAUUGGCAUUUGACUUCUCAAAUUGAGAACAUAAUGUUUUAGCCCCGAAUUGGAGCGUACUGACGAUUAGAGAAAAAGUCUCUUAAUGGUAUGGAAAGAUUCAGGAGGGAGGAAGGGACAUUAUAAAUCCAUAAAUACUUCUUAAAUUGUCGGAAAUUAGUUAUGAAAGAUAAAUAGCGUCCGUACGUCAUUAACGAACCAAGUUGACAAGAUCUCGAAGAAAAAAUACUUCAUUCUGCUGCAGAUCAAUCUUUUUCAGCAAAAUUUAUUAACCUUUAAUGAAAUAUUAUCAUUACUCUGAUUCUGAUAGGUUUCAAGGGUGUAUCGGUCAGGUAACACAUAAUGCACCUGGAAAACCACCCGAACCUCUGCCACUGCGCAAUAGCUUGGAGACUGGACGCUUCUGUGAAAGUCAAUGCAUAUUUGGCGGGAAGUGCGACAAUUACACUGACGAUGUCGGAAAAAGUGACGAGGAAUGCGAGUGUCCCGGAUUUGAAGUCGAGAAAGAGCUUUGCAGGGAAAACCUCACACAUGCACAGAAAGGCUUAUCGAUUGGAUUUAACAAAACUGACGCCUUUUCUACGACAGUCACACCAAAUCUGAUGUCUUCGAGGCAAAUUAAAGCUUUGGCAGCAACAGCUUCUUUAUUCAAUACUGCUACAAAUCCAUCCCGGGAUAUUGCUACUCAAGCCUACUCAACAAGUUCCAGACAGCGUGGCUCCACUGCUUUUUCAGCUUCAAGUUCGAUCAUUUCAAUAUCAGCAAAACCUUCCAAUUCAACUGCGGGUCCUUUCAGUUCUUCAAUAGUUAAUCAAGUUCCAGUGAUGCAAAAGAAAAGUAGCGCUUUCUUUUCGAGAGGCUCAUGUGUCUUGCUCUGUCUUGGUUCUUUAGUUGCUGUACAGAGUAGUUGGCCUUUUUAUGCCCAGUAAAAAAACUGCUGAGAAACAGCUACUACGGCAAAAGCCUUGUAUCUUUAUGACUGUUCUUAUAUGUGUGGCUUGCUGAUACCAUUUUAGGAUAAGCAAACUUGACUUGCUCUGAUAUUCCGAGUUUGUGAGGGCGAAGUGCGAGCCAAAGUUGGGGAUUCUCUAUUCGUCAUGGUCUCCCUUGAGCCGUACUCUCCACGAUCGAUAAGUCCACAGACAUUGUUGUCAAGUCGCUUUUAAAGAACACCAAAAUUUAGUCAAGAUCGACAAUGAACAAGUGUUUUUAACAGUUUUAGUUGUUUCAGUUUUGUUUACUUCAAUCAAGAAUGUUAAAAUUUGCUGUUAAUAACAGAGAGUUAAAAUCCUUGAAAGUGAAGAGAAAAUACGAUAAAAGCCUACAGGAAGUUCAGAGGCAUAUAAAGACGUUUGUGGGGUACGCACAGAGGAUAAUUUUGCCACGAUUGUUAUCGACCAUCAGCUAUCAACUGGCUACCGUGAAACACAGGACAAACACUUGCCCUCAGAAUUGGUACAAACAGAGGCGACGCUAUUGAUCUCGCAAUGUCCCUUACCAAUAUGAAAGAUUACGAAAGGAGAACCUCUGUCUUUUAGUUUUUACCUUAAAAUAUCUUCGACUUUAUUUCUGGCAGGCACGAUCGUACUGGUGUUGAUCAGGACGCUACGUCGAUAUAGGCAUGAAGAAAGGGCACAGUAAAGAAACUAAUUAGGACCUUUUAACUAUAUGUUAUUGUAUUGUAAUCAUUAAAUACUGCUAUUAUUAGUAUACAUGUAGUUAUUACCCACGAUAAAUGCUCCCACAAACGCGGUCAUCUUUGCUGGUUGUUCACUUUUAAGAGCUGUAAAAGACGCAGCCAUCUUUGCGACCUUGCCUUAACAACUCUGGAGCACGCAUGUGACAAGGAGGUUAUUUGAGAUUUCAAACGUAACCUAAGACGAAGAUAGCCCAAAAAUUCCAGAUGGUCCGACGGAUUCGUUCAGUCGGGCACUCUCCCUCCGGGACUCUCAUAUGAACGGGAAGGGGAUGCAUAUUUUGUCUUACUCCUCGUCCGUGUCGGUGGGGCCGUGCUAAGGUUCAUUUUAAGUCUUUCAGAAUGAAAACG